AUGCUCGGCCCCUUCCGCGCCUCGUCCCCUUCAAUGGUCGGCCUCCUCUGGAAGAUGCCCUGGCGCCUGUCCAAGACGCGCAAGAUGCGCCAGCGCCUCCGCCUCAAGGCCGUCGACGACGUCAUUGCGACCGUGCGCGCCUCGGGCGUCCAGACCCACUCGCUCACGGCCGCGCUCGCGCUCCCGCGAGAGAGCGCCAUGCCGCCGCGCGACAAGUACACGACCUUCUCGCGCAAGGACCCAGGGUACCGCAAGGGGAUCCACAAGUCGCCCCACUUUACCAAGGUGACGUCGCGCACCAACCCGGAGGGCUUCUGA